UGUGAGGCAGCGGAGGAAGUGUUGGCUGCGGCAGCGGUGGGCUCCGGGAAGCCGUUCGGGCUGGGGCUGUCGGCCGCGGGGCGGAGGCGCUCGCGCGGGGGGUAACUCAGGUCUGGGUUCUGGUGCCGCGCAAGCUCUCCCCGUCUAAAAGUUGGUUUUAAUUGGUUGCCCACAGGAUUGACUUGGCCUCUUCUUCUUGUUAAGAAAAUACACCUCUUGUGUUCUCAGGUGUGUGUGGUUUCAGCGCAGCAUGGCUGUGGUCAUCCGUUUGCAAGGUCUCCCAAUUGUGGCGGGGACCAUGGACAUUCGCCACUUCUUCUCUGGAUUGACCAUCCCUGAUGGGGGCGUGCAUAUUGUAGGGGGUGAACUGGGUGAGGCUUUCAUCGUUUUUGCCACUGAUGAAGAUGCAAGGCUUGGUAUGAUGCGCACAGGUGGUACAAUUAAAGGGUCAAAAGUAACACUGUUGUUAAGUAGUAAAACGGAAAUGCAGAAUAUGAUUGAACUGAGUCGUAGGCGUUUUGAAACGGCCAACAUAGAUAUACCACCAGCAAAUGCUAGUAGAUCAGGACCGCCACCUAGCUCGGGAAUGAGUGGCAGGGUAAACUUACCUACAACAGUACCCAACUUUAGUAGUCCUUCACCAAGUGUAGUUACUGCUACAACUUCAGUUCAUGAAAGCAACAAAAAUAUACAGACAUUUUCUACAGCCAGCAUAGGAGCUGCUCCUCCAAAUAUAGGGGCUUCUUUUGGAAGCCCAACGUUCAGCUCCACUAUUCCGAGUACAGCCUCUCCAAUGAACACAGUCCCACCACCACCAAUUCCUCCAAUCCCAGCAAUGCCAUCUAUGCCACCGAUGCCAUCCAUUCCCCCAAUACCAGUUCCUCCUCCAGUACCUACAUUGCCUCCUGUGCCUCCUGUGCCUCCUAUUCCCCCAGUCCCUUCUGUGCCACCUAUGACCCCACUGCCACCCCUGUCAGGCAUGCCACCCUUGAAUCCUCCACCUGUGGCACCUCUACCUGCUGGAAUGAAUGGCUCUGGAGCGCCUGUGAAUCUGAACAGUAACAUGAACCCUAUGUUUUUGGGCCCAUUAAAUCCUGUAAACCCUAUCCAGAUGAACUCUCAAAGCAGCGUGAAGCCACUUCCCAUCAACCCUGAUGAUCUGUAUGUUAGUGUGCAUGGAAUGCCCUUUUCUGCUAUGGAAAAUGAUGUCAGAGAUUUUUUCCAUGGGCUCCGUGUUGAUGCAGUGCAUUUGUUAAAAGAUCAUGUAGGUCGAAAUAAUGGGAAUGGAUUGGUUAAGUUUCUUUCUCCUCAAGAUACUUUUGAAGCCUUGAAACGAAACAGAAUGCUGAUGAUUCAACGCUAUGUGGAAGUUAGCCCUGCCACAGAGAGACAGUGGGUGGCUGCUGGAGGCCACAUCACUUUUAAACAAAGUAUGGCACCUUCUGGACAAGCCCAUCCCCCUCCUCAGACACUUCCCAGGUCAAAAUCGCCUGGUGGGCAGAAAAGGUCACGGUCAAGGUCACCACAUGAGGCUGGUUUUUGUGUUUACUUGAAAGGACUACCAUUUGAAGCAGAAAACAAACAUGUCAUUGAUUUUUUUAAGAAGUUGGAUAUUGUGGAAGAUAGUAUUUAUAUAGCUUAUGGACCAAAUGGGAAAGCAACUGGUGAAGGCUUCGUAGAGUUCAGAAAUGAGGCUGACUAUAAAGCUGCUCUAUGUCGUCAUAAACAGUACAUGGGCAAUCGUUUUAUUCAAGUUCAUCCAAUUACUAAGAAAGGUAUGUUAGAAAAGAUAGAUACAAUUCGAAAAAGACUUCAGAAUUUCAGCUAUGACCAGAGGGAAGUUAUGUUAAAUCAAGAGGGGGAUGUCAACUCUGCCAAAGUAUGUGCCCACAUAACAAAUAUUCCAUUCAGCAUUACCAAGAUGGAUGUUCUUCAGUUUCUAGAAGGAAUCCCAGUGGAUGAAAAUGCUGUACAUGUGCUUGUUGAUAACAAUGGGCAAGGUCUAGGACAGGCAUUGGUUCAGUUUAAAAAUGAAGAGGAUGCACGUAAGUCUGAACACUUACACCGUAAAAAACUGAAUGGGAGAGAAGCUUUUGUUCAUGUAGUUACCCUAGAAGAUAUGAGAGAGAUUGAGAAAAAUCCCCCUGCCCAAGGGAAAAAGGGAUUAAAGAUGCCUGUGCCGGGUAAUCCUUCAGUACCAGGAAUGCCUGUUGUGGGAAUGCCUGCUGCAGGAAUGCCUCCUGCGGGAAUGCCUGCUGCGGGUAUUCCUGCUGCUGGAAUGCCAGCUGCUGGAAUCCCUCCUGCUGGAAUCCCUGCUGCUGGAAUCCCUGUUGCUGGAAUGCCCAGUGCAGGAAUGCCCACUACUGGAAUGCCUGGUGCACCGCUGCCAAGUGCUGCACUGCCUGGUGCAGGACUACCUGGUGCGGGAAUACCUGGUGUGGGGAUUCCUGGUGUGGGGAUGCCCGGUGCGGGGAUACCCGGUCCAGGGAUGCCCGGUGCAGGAAUGCCCGGUGCAGGAAUGCCUGGUGCAGGAAGUGAAGAACAUGCUUUCCUGACUGUAGGAUCAAAGGAGGCCAAUAAUGGGCCUCCAUUUAACUUCCCUGGUAAUUUUGGUGGGUCAAAUGCCUUUGCACCCCCACUCCCUCCUCCAGGAUUAGGAGGAGCCUUUGGUGACAUUAGGCCUGGUAUGCCUUCAGUUGGGAGCAGUGGUUUGCCUGGUCUAGGAUUGGAAGUUCCAGGAUUUGGAGGUGGACCAAAUUUAAGUGGGCCAGCAGGAUUUGGAGGGGGCCCUCAGAAUUUUGGAAAUGGCCCUGGUAGUUUAGGUGGCCCCCCUGGCUUUGGAAGUGGUCCUCCUGGUCUUGGAAGUGCCCCUGGGCAUUUGAGUGGGCCUCCAGCCUUUGGGCCUGGCCCUGGCCCUGGCCCUGGUCCAAUCCAUAUUGGUGGUCCCCCUGGAUUUGGAUCUAAUACUGGAAAACCAGGACCUACAGUUAUUAAAGUACAGAACAUGCCCUUCACUGUGUCUAUUGAUGAGAUUUUAGAUUUUUUUUAUGGUUAUCAAGUAAUCCCAGGCUCAGUGUGUUUAAAGUACAACGAGAAAGGUAUGCCUACAGGUGAAGCUAUGGUAGCCUUCGAAUCUCGAGAUGAAGCCACAGCUGCAGUUAUUGACUUAAAUGACAGGCCUAUAGGUUCAAGAAAAGUAAAACUUGUAUUAGGUUAGCCAUUCACAUCAAUUCUUUAUGGGCAGAUUUCCAUAUUCCUAUGAUUGAUGCAUCCAGAUUGUUUUCUUAGUAUUUCCAGGUUAGAACCUGUGGAUUGUCCCAAUUGCAUAUAGAUUGGUUUUUUGUUUGUUUGUUUGUUUUUAUAACAUAGAGCAUUGGUUGACUGUUUACAAUUCACUUCCAGGAUUAAUAUUGCUGUAUGUUGCAGUAAAUUAUCUGGAAAGAACACAAAAAUGAUUUUGGCUUACCAUUAGGGAAACCGUUUGUAAAAUUCAAUGACAUAUGUAGUUUUAUCAAGGAGUCUAGAUUGGUUUUGUUUCAUACCAUAUGGGAUUAAGAUAACAAAUGUCAGUGGAGCUCAUCAAGGGUGCUCUUGCAAGCUGAUAAAAAAUAGAAAUUGGCUACUCUUGGAAUUUGAUUUAAAGCUGGACAGAUUUGCUUUGUUAUAGGGUCAAAGCUUUGUCUAAAAUCUUCAUUUUCUUUUAAAAUUGAAUAAAAUCUCUGUAUACAGAUUCAUUGUAUGUACCUUUAUUGCUUCUUAAAGGUUCUUCUGUAUAGACAGCCCUGCUUCAGAUGUUGCUGCUUUGUUUGCCUAAUUGACUCAUUUGUAAAUGAGCAGAACUGUUUGGUUUUAUCUCUAAAUAUAAAACUCCACACUUGAUUUGUGCUAUAACUCUGAACUUUGGUUUCUGAUGUCACACAUAAAACUGUGUGGAAUGAUUUUUGCCAUAAAAAAUAAACUAUGAAGUCCUCUACCUAACAGAGCCUUUUUGGUUUGACCGCCAAGUUUUAGUUUAGUAAGUUUAAAAACUGUAUGUUGUUGGGCUGGCAUUGAAAGCCAGAAAUCACUUUUAGUAAUUAGUGUUUUAGGUGCUUGAUUGGAAGUCCUGUUUGUAUGGAUUGUUUUAGCAAUUUUCUUUUGUCCCACCUUAACCAUUUUAGUAAACAGGGGUCCAUUCAUAAGAAAGAAUAUAAUAUCUUGGCUUUAAAACUAAAGUUAAAAGUCUAGCUAGUAGUAUUAUAGAGUAAAAGAUCUAUACGUUGGUUCAUAAUAUAGGUUGAUAAGUAUUAAUCCUGUUAACUUGGAGGAUUUUUGAUACUGUUCAGUUAGGAGCCUGUUUCAAAGAAAAAUUCUUUAUGCUGAUUACAAGUGCAGUUGUUAGAAAGGAGCAAAUUGAGAUUCCUUGACCUUUAAUAUACUUUUCUUUAGCACUCAGGACACUAUAAAGUAGGGGGACCACAUAGGUUCUGGUGGUUGUUUCCUUAUAAAACAUUUACCUUACAGUGUCUUACUGACACGUUAGACCCUAGGAUUUCUUUUCUUUACUUAAAAUGCUCUGAAGAUGUGUCGCAUGAUAUACAAAAUAGGAGGUGGGUGAAUUAUCAUGGAAAUGUUAUUGUUUACAUGGCCCUAUUGAUUUGAAAUAGCCCCAACAUUUUGCAAACCAAUAUGUUUAUAAAACUCAUAAAAUAGUAUUUCCUAUUAAAAAUAUGUAGUGCCUUUUGGAUGUCAAAAGUUGGUGGAGCAUUUGAAAUACAGUGGUUUGUAAUUUGGAUUUAAGAGUGGAAAGUCAUUUGUGUGGUUAGAUUUGAAAAAGCCUUUUCAUCACUUCAGUAGAGGAUUGACAUGUCGUACAGGAGUUUUGUGUAGGAAAAGGAUUAUGUAGACUUUCAAAACGAGAUAGUUGUGUUGUGAGCCUUUUGUUAAAUCACAAAUACAAAUUAUUUCCUUGACACUAGGUACUGCCUCCUCAAGUUAAAAAGCAUUAUGAUUACACAUUAUCAGAGUAAUAAUUUCUAAUUCUAAAGACAGUGCAAAACAAACACCACAACAGCACUGUUUGGGAGUCUUUCAAAAUAGAUUAUACUUUGAGAUGUUAUUUUCACUUUAGAAAAAUGGGUCCUGUUAUCCUUUUCACAAUUUACUUUGGUUGUAUGAUCAUACAUUCUAAUUAAAUAUUUCAUACACUUUAUGGCAACUGGUUUGUUUCUACAUUUUAGAUAAAUACUAAACAGGAAAUCUUGAUCUCAUUGUCAAAUAAAUUAAGAAAAUAGUGGUUUGUGUAGAAAUUGGAGAGAGUGUUCUUCCUGUUUUGUUGAAUCACAACAGUGCUCGUUGUGAAAUGUAAUUAAAUGCUUUGCCCUCUGGAAUUUGAUUUCUGUAUAUCUGAGACUAUUAACAUAGUGCUAACUGCUAAGCAUACUGUUUUUUUUUUAAUUUUGUUUUUCUUUUCUGGGCAUUGGAGCUUCAGGCUUUUUUGUUUUUUGUUUUCUAAUAAUGAAAAUGUUUGUGAAACUAUUCAUACCGCUCUUACAAAUUUUCUCCUAAGAACUAAGUUGGGGGUAGAUUUGAAUUUGCAUAAUUUUCUCAUUUGUUUUGUAUGGUUGAAGGAUUUGUAAAGCUUUGCUCAACGUAGUGUGCAUUUGUAAACACUAUCAUGGUAUUCUAAAUUUUAUGUGUAAAUUUUAUUGUCUGUUUUUGGUGACUUUGACAUUUAAUUGAGGAGAAUCUUUUCCACUACUUUAAUUUUUUUCUCCUGAGUUUAUUGGUGGUUAUUUUUCUUGGUUUAAAGGGUUAGAGAAACCUACAAAUGUAUUUUAUAAAUAAGAAAAUUUGUAAAUAUUUUUGAACUUCAGUGAAAGACUUAGUUAAAGCAUAACUUGGGAAUGUUCUGUGUUUACACUAUAGUUUGGAUGUACAAUUAAUAGUGGCUGCGGCUUUUUGUUUUGUUUUGUUUUAAUGCAACACCGUGAAAUGUAGUUGGUAAUCUUGCAUUCCAACUUGUCAAAGCAUUGACAACUAAAAUUCCAUUACAAACUUAUAGUUCAAAACUUGAAGUAAUAAUAAUAUUCAAUAAAGUUAAGGUCAGAAUAGGACUAUGUAUUGAAGUAAGCAAACAUGGGUAUUUUUAGGUGGUUAUCAUCACCUUGUAUAAAAAUGAGGAAACAUGAAAGCUCAAAUUACAACUCUGUUUUACUGGAUUUUGUGAUUGUAUACAAGUAUACAUUUGUAAAAGAAAAGUCCACUCACAAUUUUAAGAACACUUGAAAGCCAAGUAAAGAGUAUGUAAAGUUGCUAGUUAAAGCUUUGGAAGAAAAUUUUUGUAGUGAUCAUUUUUAUUUCCAGCUGUGUGCCAAUGGCUUAUACCUAUAAUCCUAGUACUUAGGAGACUGAGACCUAGAGGAUUGCAGCCUGGGCAGAAAAGUCUCUCCGAUUAAACAGCAAAGAGCUGGACUGGAGACAUGGCUCACAUGGUAGAGCACCAUCUAUGAGCAAGAAAACCUAGCAAGAAUGCUGCCAGGCUCUUGAGUUUAAGCUCCAAUACUGGAACC